UUUUUUUUUUUUUUUUUUUUUUUUUAACUAUCUUAAUUACACUUUCUUUUAAUAUCCUAUCCUCUAUCUCUAUCCCUGGGGAAGUUUAUACUUCAAUUGUCAAAGUUUUAUUGCAUUGCUUUCCGGAAUAUCCCUCUAUUCAAGAAUUUCCAACUAGCAAUCCUGCAAUAUGGCCGCUCUGCAGCUUAACUUCACUCUCGACACUCCCGGCAAAGUCAAGACCGUCCACCUGCUCGGUUCCUGGGACGGUUACCGUGGUCAACUCCCACUCUCAAAGACCUCCAGCGGCGGCAAGUCCGCUUCCUGGGCUGGAAAAUUCCGCUUUCAGUCGUCCAUGCUGAAGCCCGGCCAGCGCUACUGGUACUAUUACAUCUUGGACGGCUAUCAUGUCUAUCACGACCCAGACUGUGAAUCCACCGUCGAGCGCACAACCAAGCGUACCUUGAAUAUUCUCGAUGUUCCCGCCAACAUGGGCCAGAAGUCGUCUUCGCGCACCAGUGCGCCCAGCAGCGAGGUUGCACGAGGCCGUGCUCUCUCCCCGUCGAGAAUUCAGCACCCAAAGCCCUCCAAGCCUUACGAGUCUCGCCGCUUCUGCGAGAGCUCCCACGUCACCCAGCGAGCUAUGGAUGCCCUCAAUGCUCGAUUCCAGGCUGCCGAUCUCUCCGACUCGGAUUCCGAUAUCUCUUCCAGCCCAUCAUCAGCCUUCAGCUCAUCUCUCCGCGGUGGCAGCACCUCUCCAUCGUCGAUCUCUUCCUUCAGUGACUCCAGCUCUUCAUGCAGCUGCCAACUGUACGCGAUCACCUCUUCAAAGGAGCGUGUCCGGAUCCACUGUGGAGGCAAGCGAUGCGGCGGUUCUUCUCCCUGCGAUUCAUCUGGCUCUGACUUCGACUCGUGCAGCUCUGACUCUGAUGAGGAAUAUGAGUAUGCACGACCUCAGCUCCUUCGCCAGAACAUCCGCAUCCGCCGUUGAAUUGCUUUCAGUCCAUGGAGCAAAAGAUGAAAUUAUCCCCGGAAUCGACCGAGUUUCAGAGCAACCCGGCCUUUGCACUGUGGUGUCAACCCCGGAAGGAGUGUAGAACCCUUCGCUCAGCAUGUUUGGGUUGAAUAGCGUACCUUUCUGGCUUUAUGUUUGGGAUAUCCUACAAAGUUGGCCAAAAAGGUAUAGGCUCAAGGCGUCUCACCUGUUCGGGUCCAUAUGCUUGUCCAAAUCAAAGUGGCCGACAGCAACAACGAAGUCUUUGAGAUUUAAUAAAAAAGGGGCAACACAGUUGACCAGGUUAAUGGGAGCGUUUUUUGGAGUGUCCUUCCAUUGUACUCGAACCAGCCUGGUUCGACCAUCUUGUCAACUGAGCGGUGGAAGUACCUGCUAGGCUUUUAAACCCCCCGCCGUGCUUUGCUGGCAUGCGGUUUGAAAGUGCGAAACAGCCAUCGCACUGCCUGCAAAAACAACAGUCUAAAUCGACCAACUCGGCUGCCCUUCAACAGGCGACACGUCUAAAUUGUAUUCUACGUCCAGUCGCUUUAUACAUGAGAAUGAAAGCGUCACCCACGCAUCGGCAACGCCGUCAUUGUGCUCGGCCGAUCGCGAGUGGGUGAAGGAAAAAGGGGAAAAAAAAAAAAAUUUAAGCAUCAGCGCUUUAAUGAUUGAUGAAAGGAGGACAAGUUGAUGAUAUAUGAGAGAUGUUUCUUGCUUUAAUUGUAUUUUCUUUUGACUCCCAAACCACAUUGUCUAUAUGAUUGGGUUUCAAUGCGCUUCAGUAUGAGCUGUUAUAGGUACAAUGCCCAGCAAAAAGAAACAAAAAACAAACAAAAAAACGUUGAGGUUUACUGCUUUCAUUCACUUUUUGGGGUAUUCACAAAUUGCUACAGACGAAACAGCCCCUGGUUAUUUCUUUUUGCAUUGAAAGUUGGAUCAGCAAUCCGCUUCUUGUGUGGAAUUGCGAUGGUGGGUAAAUGUGUUUCGCUCCAGGCAUUCUUUUUACCUGGGUAAACACCCUCAAUUUGUAAAUAAUGGUUCUUUAUGCCUUGAUGUAAAUUAAUGACCAAAGCUAUAUAUCAACUUGUGUCCAAGGCAAAUUCAGUAUCGGGAGAACCUCUUUU